AUGAUAAUAGGAGUAUUUGCUGUAGAAAUGGUAGUAAUGGUAAAUGUCCCCAAAAACAUUUUCUCAAAUAAUAUUUCUGGAUACAGCCGGAACAGUUUGAACAAUAAGCACACAAGAGCCUUUUUUUUCUUUUGGGUUUAUUUCCGUCUUUGUGGAUCAAGAGCAUUGUCAGUGCGGUGUGAUGCACAAGCUACAACACACACAAAAAGCAAAAAGGAAAAUAGAUUCUUCAAGAUAUGUCACAAUACUUCAAAGACACAGGACCACAAAUACAGACAUCUUUGA